AUGCAAAAACUCCUAGCAAUCCUGUCCUCAAGAAACUAUAAAACGCCAAUCCCCUACUUCCCAACCCCCCACACCCCCUUCCAACUCUCCACCCUCUUCACCGCCGCACGAAUCGACAUUGUAGAACUCCUCCUCAAAACCCCCCUCUUUACCUCCCCACCCUCAAGCGCCGUACUCCGCCUCAGCACCCUAAUUUUCACAUCCCCAUUUCCAUCCUUAACCUUCGGCGUCGUAGGCCUUCUCACAAACCCGCCCUUGUCCUCCUCAUCCCUCAACCCCGUAGGCCGUCUAGGCAACGCACCCAUCUGCGCCGUCGACGUGUUACCACAACUCGCGGUUAGGCAGAUCCAGUCGAAUUUUGAGGAGGAUGAGGGGGGUGGAAACGGAUAUGGAGGUGGGGAUGGUGUGUGGGCGGUGGUUGUUGGAGAGAUUGAGGUCAUGGUCAUGGUCAUGGUGGGACCUGUGGACAUUUUGGGAAAGGUAUGA